CCCGCCCGGCUGGACCCGCGGUUGGGCCGCCCCGGCUGUGCUACGCUGAGUAAGAAAAGUCAGCUGAGAGUGUAAUUUUUGGUGACUGGAGUUGAAUUUGCCAGGAAAGCAGUGCAGCCUCGGAGGCCUUGCUUCGGGAAACAUCUCUUUUCUGGCCGCUGUCCAGACUUUAGACUUGGCAGCAUCAAGGACACAGUAUAAGGUAUUUUGGAGAUCAAAGAUGGGUAGAAAAGACUCUUCCACUACGAAACUUCCUGUUGAUCAGUACAGAAAGCAAAUUGGCAAACAGGAUUAUAAAAAAACCAAACCUAUUUUACGAGCAACCAAAUUAAAAGCAGAAGCAAAGAAAACAGCAAUAGGCAUAAAGGAAGUUGGUCUCAUGCUUGCAGCUCUCCUGGCCCUCCUACUGGCUUUCUAUGCUUUCUUUUAUCUCCGACUGUCCACGAAUAUUGACUCUGAUCUGGACCCAGAUGAAGAUUAGCUGAGCAGCAAUCAAUAAAUGAAGGGAAAUAAUUCCGAUAAGAGCAUCCUUGGGGAGAAGAAAGAAAUUUUCAAAACUGAAACAUUUUGAAUAUUUUCUUCUUGGUACUGUCAGUUUGCAGAAAUAUCUUUGUACCUCAUGGCAUGAGGUAUCUGAGACUUUAUCCAGCAAUCCUGAGUCACGUUUGCUACUCAGUACUUUGUAAAUCUUUCAGCUUUGGCAGAUACCCUAUUCAUGAUAUAGCUGGAUAACACAGUUUUCAUAUGUCUUCCAAAUUUACAUGUAUAACUCAGCCACUUAAACAUCAUUAAAUCUGUUUUAUCCCAUGUAUAUUGUAAGGAAAAGUUUGCAUUGUUAUUUGAAAACGCAUACUCAAAAUCAUAUUCAGAACCUAAGAAUGAGCAGAAAGUAAUGGGAAAUUUUUUGAUAUUUUUUAUUUCAUUUUAUUAUUUUUGUUUAUGUGGAUACAGUUAAUUAGUCAUGUGUGUACACAUGUAUUUUGGGUGUGUUCAUGGGUACCCAUGCCUGUUGGGCUCAGGGUUCAACCCUGAAUGUUGUUCUUUUUUUAAAAAAUCUUAUUUUACAUGCCCAUCCCAGUUUUUACAAAGAAGCAUGCUUUCUUUCCAGACAUAUUUGAUAUCAUUAGGGAGACUAUCUGCACAUGCAUCCGCAGGAAUCUUUUCCUUCCUUGCCAACUGUUAGUGCACAUGUGCUGUGUCAGAGAUGGCACCUGGAUGACAGAAGCUCACAGAGUCACAUAUGCCCCUAAAGAAGAGUUCCUUUCCUCCUGGGCCGUCUGAGCUGGUGUAAACAGAAAGUUCAGCUGAUCUCAGUUUUAAUUAACUUAUUAUUGCAUUAAUAUAAAAUUGGAAUUCUAUAUUAAUUAUGUUGCUCUGGUUGCCUGCAGUAUCCGCUCGCCCCUCUUGUUAGGGAGCUGUGCAGCAAUCUGCUUCUAAUUGCACAGGGUUUCUCUUGGUGCAGAAUUAGCAGGAGUGCACCUACGCAAAAGCAUUUUGUUGGGGUGUCUCUUAAAUCUGAGCAUUACAAAGCCUUGUUUUUUAAAUUACAUUUUGUCUCUUGAGAACUAAUUCAUACUCAGUAGAGAAAAAUAAAUGGUAGAAAAAUA